CGCGCCCUUCUUCUAGUAUGGGCAACACAUCCUCCAACCCCCAAUCCGCCCACUCCCGCCUUGACUCGCCUGCGCGUUCCGCCCACCACUCGCCUAUUCGCGGCGGCUCUCCCAACCCGUCAUCGUCCACCUCGCACAGGGUGCACCGCUCGCUUCGGAACAAGAAGAAGUCCCUCGAGCUCCCCGAUCUGGCGUCCCUCACGCUCACGCCCGCUUCCUCGACGCCUGCGUCCGUCUCGGUCUCGCCCCACCCGGCGCACCGGCGGCCGCGCGCGUCGUCCCCGAUCCCAAUCCCCACCGCAGGAAACCCACCCCCGCAGACGUUCCGCCCGCAGAACAACCUGCCGUCGGCGGCGCGCAUCGAUCGCAUGGCUGACGGCCGCUCGCGCUAUAAGCACUCGCUCAGCGCGUUCGCGUCCACGCGCUCCUUCCAGAGCACGGUCGUCCAGGACUCCCCCCCGCGCAGUGAUGUGCCCAUGAGGAGCGAAUUCGUGCCCGAGGUGGUGCAUAGCACGAUUCCGAUCGCGCUCAUGAAAGCUGAAGAGGACGGCCACAAGCUGGAGCCUGUCAACUACAAGAUCACUUGGAGAGGUGGUGGGAAGAAGGUCGUGCUGAUCCGAGCUGGUCACGACAAUUGGCAGGGGCGGCAACCGAUGGAAUACGACCCCGAGACGAACACCUUCUGGACGAUGGUGUCCUUGCUGCCCGGGACACACCAUCUCAAGUUCAUUGUGGACGACCAGACCAGGCUUACGAAUGACUAUCCUCGGGCCGUUGACGACCGCGAUGGGACACUUGCCAAUUACGUCGCCGUUCCCCACCCCACGUCGUCAAGUCCGCCCAACAUCACCCAGCUCGCUACGCCCCUAUCCAGCCCACACCACACUCAUCCUAACAAUUUCAACUCGUUCUGGUCGGAUUCGACAGGCGCUGGGCCCACCGGGGGCAGUUCACGGGAUGCGAAGUGGACAACAGAUAUUCCUCAAGAGCUCAUAGCGGCCGCCGCUGAGGAGGAGGCCUACCUCACAUCGGCAGACUCACCGACGUCGUCCGCGAGCGGGGUCCCCACUCCCAACAUUCCGCCUGCUCCAGCGCUCCCUCGACACCUCGACAAACUGAUCCUCAACGUGCGUCCUCCAGCGAUGGCUGGUCCUGUUAGCUCCUCCACAGGGACUAGCGAGCGGGACAAGCGUCGCAGCACUCGCGAGAAGGCUCGCGAUCGUCAGCGCGACCGUGCGAAGGAAGGUCGCUCGACCCAGCUUGGCAUGACCUCCGCGGAAGGUGCCUCCACGGAGGAUGGGGCUGGGCCGAACGGUCCCGCUGCACCUCCCCCGCCCCUGCAUCUACCAGUCGUCACCGCCAGCGGGACGGAUGUAACAGCACAAAUGCUCGCAGCGCAGCAGGCAUCGGGUCCACCAACGCCUCCUGCUCAACCUACAGGACGUCCUCUGGAUGGGCCCGGGAUCUCCGACGAUGCGAGCGUACUCCCAGUACCUUCACACGUUGUCCUACAUCAUCUCAGCACGAGUGCGAUCCGCAAUGGAGUCCUCGCUGUCGCAGAUACUACCCGAUACAGGAAGAAGUGUGGCCGCCUCCAGUAUAUUACUACCAUCUAUUACAAGCCCACAUGA